AUGUCUGACCCACGAUACGAGCUCAUGGUUCCACCAGGAAUGAGUGACCAGCUAUGGCCCGAGCGCCUGGACACACCCGGACUCAUCCCACAUCACCUCAAACGCUCUGCGACGGGUCAGUUCCCCAUAUUAGAGGUCAUUCAGCGUCUACUGUAUCGACUUCGGCCAAGCGGCAUCGGCGAUCUUGAAAAGCUCCUCGCACUCAUCGGUCUCUACCAAGCUGUUCGUCCCGCAUACAAGCAUCUGAAGGAUUUCUUUACAUGGGCCUUUACUGUUCAAGUCACCAUCCCAGAGACCGAUCCAGUCGCUAGAGAGGUUCUGGCGUGGAUGGGCUCGGAGGUGAUACUCAACAGCCACACGAGGAGUGCCAUGCUGGUCACAGGAGGCACACAGGAUCCCAAUGACGAGUUUCAUCGCCGCAUGAUGGCGGCUCAUAACCCGAGACUUGCAUCCGAGAAACCGGACGAUGAGGUUCUUUGUCUCCCGCCAAUCGGUACACGACUAUUUUGGGUCGGAUUUCGACCCUAUCUAUUCUCACGUCGAGGUGGCCCUGGCUAUCGGACCAACAGUGGUAUGACCGGUAACCUGCUCGAUGAUAGUGGCCAGCUCCAAAACUCCCUCACUAUCAUGACGCUCGGAUGGAGCCUCAAACCACUCAAGCAGUUCACCAGUCUCUGUCGCGAGUUCCGACUCAACAACCUCACAGGUACCACAACGGUAUACUUCGCGGGAGAUCGUACAGAUCCAUACGGUAACGGUUGGCAGUCGGUCUCCAAAGCCAUUCGAAAGCUCGACACUAUAGACAUGGACGAGACUACCAAAUUUGAUAUUGUCAGAGACGCAGAAUACUACUACAGCGAGGAGUCGCGGUCAUUCUUUGCCGACUGUGGUAUCCCAUAUCGGCGCGGAUAUCUCUUUCAUGGCCCCCCGGGUACCGGCAAGAGCUCAUUCAGCGCUGCGUUGGCGGGCCAUCUUGGCUGCGACAUCUACCACAUCAACCUUUCCACCGGUAGCAUCAAUGAUGGAACACUUCACCGCUUGUUUCUAGGCCUUCCACGCAAGUGCGUAGUAGUUUUGGAAGAUAUCGACUCUGCUGGUAUCGGUCGCGAACGAACACCGCCGGCUGCCCCAACAGGAGCACAUGCGCAAGCGGAUGAGAGCGUGGGUGACGUCGCUGGCAUUCCAGGUGGCAUCGGUCCGCUGCCAAAACUUCGGGCUCGUGAUUACCCGGGUGUGGGUCGUAGAUCGAACACAGUCACACUAAGCGGCCUGCUGAACGCUAUCGACGGAAACGCCUCUCAAGAAGGAAGGCUCUUGAUCAUGACCUCCAACGCUCCCGAUACGCUUGAUGCGGCUUUGACGCGUCCCGGUCGUAUCGACAAAAAGGUCUACUUCGGCAAUAUGGACCCUAGUGCGGGCAAGAGCAUCUUCAAGCGCUUGAUUGGCCGAUCAGCUCUCGCACAUGAUGCGGAGUUCACCAUGGCACAAAUCGAGGAGUGGGCAUCUGAGUUCGCUGAGAAGAUGCCCACAAAUACAUUUUCCCCAGCGCAAGUGCAAAACUACCUCCAAGGCUGCCGCGGCGACCCACUCAAAGCUCUCAACGACGUUGAAACCUGGAUCGCUGAGACUAAGCUCGAAGCUGGGAAGUCGAACGGCACUGAGCACGGCACUCAGAACGGUACCCAGAACGGUACCCAGGACGGGACCCAGAACGGUACUCACAACAACACUUUCAACGGAGUGGUCCCAGUCGGUCCCUUCAAACUUGCGCCAGAUGGUCGUGAGUUAGAAGCUCUGAUCCUAGCCGGGAGCACGAACUGA